CUCGCUGACCGGACAAGACGCUGGAACAUCUGUCAGUUUAUGUUUUGUGCUAAACUGUCGCUUGAGUAAAUCGUGCGUAAAUCCAUAAGAGAACGAAUUUGCUUUCCAGAAUAGUACGUGUCAUCGUGCGCCGUCUCUAUUACUCCUCAACCAGUUGUUUUUCAGUGAUUUUGUCAGAGAGCUGAUGAUGCACAACUGCCGCCCCGCCCGCCACUGCGAGUGAACCUGUCGCGCGCAACUCAGGUAACUGCACAACCCUUAACAUUCACAUAAUCGAUGCUGGUCAUUUGAAAACUCUCGUCGUGACAGAGCCCGCCCGCCGCACCCGGCAGCCAGAAGCUCGCGGCCUCCGCCCCCGGGCAGCAGCAGCAGCACCAUCAGCAGGCCAGCAUGUCCCGCCAGCAGACGGAGCGCUCCAUCCCGCACCUGCGCGACAUCUUCGGCUUCCACGGCUGGGAGCCGCAGCCGCAGCAGCCCGACCCGGCGGCCGCAGUCGCGCAGAAGCUGCAGGAGAUGCGCGUCGACGCCAGCAACGACAGCGCCGUGUCCGUGGGCUCCACCAGCGAGGACGACUCCCCGCAGAAGGGGGGCGGCGGGGGCGGCGGCGGCGGCGGCGGCGGCAGCGGCAAGAAGAAGAAGCAGCGCAACAGCCGGCGCGACAACGCGCGCACCCUCACCGAGCGCGACGUGAAGCACCUGGAGCGGCACCUCUCCAUGAAGAAGACCAUCCGCAAGAAGAUCAUGCGCGACCUGCAGCAGGCUUUCGUAGAGGACCCGAACGAGUUCCGCGUGGAGGACAUCUCGCCCGAACAGCUGAAGGCCGAGAUCAACAUCCAGAGCUUGAGCUUCGGCGCCCCGCAGAAGCGGCCCGGGAAGAAGGCCGCCGCAGAGCCCAACUUCCUGGACAUGCUGCGCGCCGGCAGCGCCCCUGGCGGCCGCGUCGUCAACGACGACGAGGACUCCGGCCACGGCUCGCCGACGCGCGAGUCACCUGGCGGGCGGCUGGCGGACUGCGGCUACGCGGAUGACGACGACGAUGACGUCGGCGAGGGCUACGAGCCGGAGCCCGAGCCUGAGGCGGCGAAGAAGACGAGCUUCUGGCGGCGGUUCACCAUGAAGGGCCGCAACAAGCGGUGAGCGGCGAGCGGCCGCCCCUCGCCCCCACUCGAGUCCUUUCCGCGCACGCUCUCGAAGCACGGGCCUGGAUGCCGGAGUACGCGUGCCUCCAUCCCAGACUUCCAAUUCUUCCAGAUGCCGUCCAGGAGGCGCGUAGUUUUAUAAAUAAAACUAAUUUUUCACAAAAUUUGUUUCAUUUUAUUGCGUUCCCUUAAAAACCAAUUUUAACAAACAAAAAUUCCAUUGGUAGUUCAUAAAUAUCACUUUUAACAGUAACACCCAUUCCAACUGAACCCAGGGCCAGCGAUAUUAGACCUACAAUGAACUUAAUUUGUACUAGUACUGCACAUAUCUUUCUCCUGAAGGCGCGAGGAAAAAACUGAAUUACGAAAUUUUGACAGGUUUUCCUCUGGAUAUCCAUCACUUGCUUCUUGUAAAAAUUUGGGAAUUAGAAACUAGAAAUAAUUUUCCGUUAUUUUGUUGAGCACUGUAUCAAACCAGAUUUGUUUAAUGUCGUACGCCUCUUCAUCGACGACAAAGUAAAGGUAACGAAUUACCUCACCUGAUGACCCAUGAUUUAGCGCUGAAAAGUCUUUCAUAGCAGCUCCUGUGGCUCUGCAGGUGGAGAACGAUUCAUGAAUAGCAGUCAAAGGUUUGUGAACAAAAGUUCUGAAAAUGUGUCAUUCCAUGACCUGCUCGAGUUUAAACAAAUCUUGUUUUGUGACUACAUUUUAUACAUCUUAUAGUAGUGUAUACUUCUGAACUACAUGUUCAAAGUUGGUAAUUCCACACCGAUGGUGCUGGAAUCAAAUACAAGGCAUUCUGCCUAUUCCUCCAGUCCCAGGAUCCCCCCCAUGAAAUACCAAAUAAUUUCAUUUUGGCAUCAUUGAUGACUAAGGUAUUUGGGGUAUCCACUGCCCGCACCCACCCCCACCUCUUAAAAAAGAAACCCAGUCUUACCCCUUUCUCCUAAAUAAACAUACCUAAAUGCUGUAUAACACAACAAUUAUAAUGUAUUCAAUAACAAGAAUGAACACAGGGUCUGAGCUGUAGAGGGAUGGAGAAGGGAAAGGGGAGAGGGGUGGAAGGCAGCUCAUGUUAGUUUUCUGAUGCACAAAGUACAUUUGCUACCAGUCAAUAUCCAUUACAUGUUCUUUCUUUCUUUCUUUCUUUCUUUCUUUCUUUCUUUAACCUGCACUGGACUGAUAUGUCUGUGUGUUUGUUUGGGCAAGAUACAUAUUCAAUUGAUGAAAAUCUCUUUCUGGGAGUGUAGCUGCCCUCCCUUGCCCAAAGUUCCUAUAGUAACAAGUUUUUAGAUAUACUUAUACAAAAAGAGGAACAGGAGGACAAUAAAAAGUUAAUAACUUGUCAGAAUUAAGAAGGGAGGUAAUAGGAGGAAAUGUCCAUAUGCCACCUCACCUUACAUGUACGUCAUCAUCUGGUUUUUCGUAGCUGUUCACAAGGGGUACAGAAGGGGGCACUUGCAUCUCACUCCCUGGAAUCUAGAGUACAGACUUUUUAUUCAUUGUAGAAACCUCCGAGUGAGUGGAUAACCAUAAAUUGUUAGUGGUAUGAUGAAUCAUUUGUCCCACCUAUAGAAUUUAGUUCUUCUUGCAUAACAUGUCUUGAAACUGACCAACUUAUUUAUGUCAUAAAUGGGCAGGCGAGUUCAGAGCCUCCCUGCCCUACACCCCCCCCCCCCAACCCGCCCCCUCUCUCCCUUCCCCAUAGAAGUUUCUGCAGAUGCACUUGGGAAUAAUGGUUUCUGUUAGGGUGAUGUGACAUAGCGGCAAUGUCAAGCAGUGUCACAAGAGUAAUGCUUUUAUAUUAUGCUGGGCAAGAGCCACAAAUGCUAAUAUGGAGAAAACUCAAUUUGUUAAAAUGUUAAAGAUUUCAACCUAAAACUAAGCACGUUCUCCCCUUCCCAAUUUUGGCAGCUGCCUAGUUCAUGAAGAAGGCUGAGCUGACAGUGGUUGCAUGUGAUCUGGGAACUACUAUUAGCUGCAUGCUCUGCGACCUUAACUCCAAAAUACCACAAUAAAGAUAAAAAGUCAGUCAUCAGCUGCAAAAGAAAACCUUCAUUUGGUCAAUUGAAACAAAUGAAGAUUAUCUUGUGCAGCUGAUGACUGACUUUUUCUCUUUGUUGAAAUAUUCUGCAGUUAUGAACAAAAUUCAAAGUACCUUCUUUUCCAUAAAUUAUUUUUAUAUAUGGUGACAGGAAAUUCUUUUAAGAAGCAAUAUCUAUCCAAUUUCAGUCGUUUAUGAUCUAGAAACUGCAACCACCGAGGCUUUGUGUAUAUGUAUACCAGUAUAGAGAAUGACAUUAUUCUUCGUUGUCUGUCAAUAAUAUCAUGACAGUUGAUCAUUGAAUCAUACCCAGAACAUGGGCUGUUAACACAAUUUAAGAUAUCUUUAUAAGAUGUACAUACAGAUUACAUAAUUUUGAACAUCAAUGGCUAGGAGAUGGGAUAAAAACUGAGAAAACAGGAGCUUGGGCUCCUUUCUAGUGAAAAAAAAAUAUUCUUUACCUGUUCUCAAAUCAAGUUCAUAAAGAAAUGCAAGCAGUGCUAUAAUCAUGGUACAUAUCUUUCAAGAUGGGGGAAAAAAUCACUCAGGGAAGCACACGCUCUGGUGUUUCCAAAAAAAUAAAAAUCUUGCCAACUGCAGUUAGCAGAUAAACAUCCAGACCUUUGCUUCAGGCUGUGCAAUAGUAAUUACAUCUACUUUAUGUGUUUUUCUUUAGCAUUAUACAAGAGAAAACCACAAAGAGGACUCUUUGUAAAAUAAUAGCCGCUGUGAUAUAUAUAAAAUUCCUUUUCCAUUGUUAAGAUAAUAUAGAUUUUGUUGGUUAAAAUUAUGUAGCUAGUCAAUGGGAAUUGAGGCUAAUUUACUUGAAAUGUGUCUUGCACAUUUUGCUUACAUAAUGAUGAGGGCUGCAAAAAAAAAUAGUUAUGUAUCAUAUUUAACUUUUAAUUAGUGCAAUGUCAAUGAAUGCUUUGUAGUGAUUUGGUGUGUUGGGUACCUCCUAAUUUUAUUAUUUGUUUAAUAAUGUUCCUAUAAAUUCAGCGCUGAUGAUGAAUUAGCAAUGUGCAAGAGAGCAAUAGUUAACCACUGAUAUGAUUUCAGCAUUCAAGACUGUUAUUUGCAUGAGAGUGAUUAACAAAACUGAAGGUGUUAAUGUUUUGCAUUGUAUGUCUAGAAGUUGUCUUUGUUUGACAUGAGUCCUAAGUGAUACGAUUGGCAGCGGGUGACUAGCUGUAUGAUUUGACUGCACAUCUGUGUACUAAAUAAUCAGUGCAAGUGAAAUGUAAGUGAGCAAAGACUUUUAAGUUUUAAUGUAAGAGAUAGUGUCAGUGAAAUAACUGUGUGUAACUUAUGUGCUAAAUGAAGUGGAAGAUAAGCAGAAAUAUUUGCAGAAUGUCUUUUAAUACUGUGGUUCCAACUUAAACAUAAAGCCAAUGUGACUUGUAAAGAUAGUUAACAUAUUUUAUUUAGUAUAAUGUAAUGACCACCUGCAACAUGUAGUUACAUGUUUUUAAAUGUAAGGAAUCAGAUUCUCAAAGUAAAGACUUUAGUAUUAAGGUCUAGAUUCCUCAGAUAAUUAGAAAUCGGAUUUUCAGUAAUGAAAUGGUCAUUUUUAUAAAAGAUAGUAAGAAAUAACAGUUGCUGUAUUUUACAGGAAUGAUGCAAUAAAAUCAUGUUUUGAAAACUUA